AUGUCGAUGAUGAGCUUGAAGCCUUACUACUGUCAGUACGUACCAAUCACUCGUACUGCGAUAAUGGAGAGUCUACCUCGAUAUCUUGAUGUUCGCAACAAGUCCAAACCGUACAAUCAGAAUUAUAAGAAUGAUUUUCGAAUUAAUUUGCAACUAAAUAUCUGGAUCAUGAAAAUAAUCGGCACGUGGCCGCUGACACAAUCCUCGAUUGAGAUGCUGUGGUAUAGGAUGCUGAAUGUAAUCUGCUACAUAUUGCUGGCUUUACUCCUAAUUCCCAGUGGCAUAUACAUCGUCCUGGAGAUCAAGGAUUUCUACAAUCAGUUGAAGCUUGGUAGCGCUCUUACAUUCUUCUUCAUGGCCGUAUUGAAAUACUGCGCUUUGCUUUUGCGCGAAAAUGACAUUCGCAAAUGUGUCGAUUAUAUUAAGAGUGAUUGGAAAAACGUGAGAUACAUAGAUGAAAGAAGAAUCAUGCUGGAGAACGCAAACUUUGGCCGUCGGCUGGUUGUCAUCUGCAGCGUCCUCAUGUACGGUGGCGUCACGUUUUAUUUCGUGGCGGUGCCACUGACUCGCGCGAGGAUCAAAGAGGAGGGUACCAAUCUCACUUAUCGCAGACUGGUGUUUCCAGUGCCCAGUGUGAUUGUCGAUGCUCGUCGUAGUCCGGUUAAUGAGAUUUUCUAUUUCAUCCAGUUAUUUGCUGGCUUUAUCGCCCACAACGUCACGGUGGCUGCGUGUAGCUUGGCAGUUCUCCUCGCAAUGCAUGCAUGUGGACAGUUGCAGGUGCUCGUGUCCUGGAUAAACCAUUUAGUCGAUGGUCGAGAGGGCGUCAACGACACCACGAACGAGAGAUUAGCUAAAAUAAUACAAUUACACAUGCGUAUCUUGAACUUUAUAUCUCUAAUCGAGGAAUUGUUGCAUGAGAUAUCUUUAGUGGAAGUUGUGGGCUGUACGUUAAAUAUAUGUUUUCUUGGAUAUUAUUGCAUGAUGGUAUAUAUCAUACUCCUCGCUUCGCUUACGUUCAACAUAUUCAUAUUUUGUUACAUAGGCGAACUUAUAACGGAACAGAUUAUAAAAGUACGUGAAAGCUCGUACAUGAUUGACUGGUACCGACUUCCAGAAAAAAAGAGCCUUGCUGUCAUUUUGAUAAUCUGUAUGUCCAAUGCGACUACUAGGCUCACUGCUGGAAAUAUGAUAGAAUUGUCCAUCAGCAGCUUCGGUGAUGUUAUCAAAUCAUCUGUCGCUUAUUUAAAUAUGCUACGGACGCUUACUACUUUAGAAAGUACAAUUUGA